AUGGCAAACUAAGUUAUUCCAUUAUAUAAUUAAGAGAGUGAAAAUUCAAAAACAGAUAGUGGUUACUUAUAAAUUUCUAAGGUAUAAAAUUAAUCGCAGCUGCCAUCUGUUUCUGAUCCUCUAACAAGUUUACCGUCCCAAAUAAAUAAAAAAUUCACUGUUUAAUCUGAUUCUCAAGUAGAGGAAGGUCUCAAAUCAUUUGUCCAUUUAGCAAUUAUCCUAGUAGCAAUUUAAAGUGGGAACUUCUCAGUUGGAUAUUCAUUGUCAUAUUUGUCAAUGUCUUUCACAACAUUAUUUUCAUAAAUCACCCUCAAAGGUUCUGAGAUUGAGGAGCAAGGUUUAUUUAGUGCUGUCUUAUCAAUAGGCUAGUUAGUAGGGGCUGUUGUUACAAAACCAUUAUUAAAAUAUACAACACGAAAUUAAUCUCUAUUAAUUGCUGAUUUUUUUGGUGUAUUAAGCAUUUUACAAGUAAUACCCAACCGAGAAGUCAUACUUGCAUUUAGAUUUUCAUAUGGAAUGUGUUUAGGAAUAUCAUCUGUUAUUAUGGCUAUAUAUGUUAAGGAACUUUGCCCUGAUAAAUAUUAUGAAACAUUUUCAGUUUUGGCUAGUUUCUUAAUUGCAGGGGGAUUAUUUUUCAUUAAUUUCAUAGGUUUAGGGUAUUUAAACCCUGAUUUAAGAGGAGAGCAUUCUUAUUAUUGGUAAAUUGUUUUUGCAAUUCCUUCCUUAGUGCACUUUCUUAGGUCUUUUAUUAUUACUAUUGUAUAUAAGAUUGAUAGUCCUGACAGUUUAAUUUAAUUGAAAUAACCUUCAGAAGCGAAAAGGAUCAUAAUAAAAUUAUAUUAACCAGAAUUUGUUGAGCAAAUUUUUUUAACCUGCUUAAAAAGAGUUGAAAAUGAUUCAGAGUAAUCAGAGGGCUUUUUAAGUUUAUUUUCAAAAAAGCAUCUAAAAACAGUAAUAAUUGGUUGCUUGUUAGCAUUUAUAUCCACCUGGUGUGGUUUAUUUGCUUUAUACUCCUAUUGUUCUUAAAUUUUUGAUGUGAUUACAGAUGGAGAUUUUACUUUGAACACAAUCUUUAUACUGAUUAUUGGAAUAGUUUAAUUUAUUCCUGCAUUCAUUUCCAAAUUUGUCUAUAGGAAAAUCGGUAACAGAACUUUAUUACUGGGUGGGCUUCUUGUACUUAUUGUAUGCUAGAUACUUAUUAUUGGUCUAAGUUAUUCAGAAACUGUAGGAGCAUCUAUUACUAGUUUUAUUAUAAUUUGUUUUUUCUCAUUCACAUUUGCACUUACUUUAGGACCUAUUACUUAUUCUAUGAUACCAGAAAUUAACACUAGUGAAGGGACAUACUUUUGCUUUGUUACUUUAUAUGUUUGGCAGUUAUUUAUGCUUUACAUAUUUCCAUUUAUGUUAGAUGCACUCUAAAUAAGCGGAGUCUUUAUAGUAUUUGCUAUUCUAACACUCUUGUCAAUUCUAUACUUUUAUGUUUAUGUGAAAGAAACUAAAGGAUUAAGUCAUACUGAAAUAGAAAAAUAGUAUGGAAAGUUAUGA